UUUGUGUUGUGAAUUGUGAUUGCAUUGGCCUUUAAUUUACCUAUUGUUUAACUUUUAGCUUUAUUAUUUUCCUCCUCUUUUACUGUUAAUUGUUCUUGACUUUUGUAUUUACAUAAUUAGUUAUCCGUUUAAUCCAAAAAAAAAGUAAAUUAUGUUUUCGAGAUGGUGUAACAUCAUUAUAAUUCAGUGAAAUAAUUGAAUUUGAAAUUUAUUUCGAAUUACGCGUUAAUUAUACAAAACAAUGUCCUGCAGUUCUAGUGAAGAUGUACCAGAUCAGUGUAAAGAUCUCUUCACACAAGAUGGGGUACUUCUCAAGGCUUGCAUCGGAAGAUCAAUUAUAGACCUGAACUCAAUUGGUAUGUUAUGUAUUGUCCAGAAUGUAGAUGGUGGCAAGUGCAUAGAAUGGAGGCCAAAUGAUUUGAUCACAAUUGAUUCGGAUAGCCAGGAUCAAGAAUGGGCUGUAGUGCACACUAUUGGUCGCCGUCAACGGACUCUGAGUGGCAACAUGACGUCAGACUACGCCGCAGCAAGGGCUCGCAUAAUCCGAAUACAAAUCGAUGAACUAAAAACAUUCAGGAUGACGAGAAACAACCAGCAAAUGCAGUUUUCAACCAAGCCCGGAGUUUGGCAAAACACAUUCUAUUUCCAGCACGGCAAUGCCGAGAUUUUCCUUGCUUCUCUAAAGAAUUAUGUUAAGACAGUGAAAACUCGCCACGACAGGAACACAUACGUUGUUGUUGAACCAACGAACGAAGCGCAAGCCUUGAACCGAUCGUUCGCCGAGUUGGAUAUCUUUACUGAAAAUACUACGGAUGUUGUUUGGAAUUUGGUGUCUAAUUUUAAACAGAGGCCUUACGAAACUACAUUGGAGGCCUUUUCUAAAUUAACGGAUAUAGUGUACUACGGUAAUGAGGGCUUGAACGGAAAGCGAGAUGUAUCCGACGAAGUCGCGGAUUUGCUGUCGAAAAGUAUGAGUGCCUUGGAGGAUAACACUUCUGUGACGAAAUCGGACGACUAUGAAGUUAUAAGUGUGAAGCCGACAUUACCGCCGAGACCGUGCAUACCGAGGGGCGCCCCACUGUCCACAGAGAAAUGGGAAGGCUUGCUGGACCCUGAUGGAAGAAUAUUGGAAGUGGAUGGUGUUAGACAGCUAAUAUUCAGAGGUGGAGUCGCACAUUCAAUAAGACACUCAGUAUGGAAGUACUUACUCGACUACCAUCCGUGGAGCUACACUCACGCGAAAAUAAAAUCGCUGCAGAAGAAAAGAACAGAAGAAUACUUCACCAUGAAGCUGCAGUGGAAGAGUAUGACGGAGAAGCAGGAGUCCCGCUUCAGUGAAUAUAGAGAACGGAAGAGUUUGGUUGAGAAGGACGUGAAUAGGACAGACCGAACGCAUCCGUUCUUCGCGGGUGAUGAUAACCCUAACCUGGUGACGUUAGAAGACAUCUUGAUGACGUACGUCAUGUACAACUUUGAUUUGGGCUAUGUGCAGGGCAUGAGUGAUAUACUGGCCCCAUUGUUGCUCUUGCUGGGCAAUGAGGUGGAUACAUUUUGGUGCUUUGUCGGUUUUAUGGAGAAAAUUGCGUCAAACUUCGAUAUGGACCAAGCUGGUAUGAAACAACAACUGCUAAACUUGCAAUUGUUGCUAUCGUUCGCGAGUCCAGACUUGGCCAAACACCUCGCAUCUAAGGACUCGGGCAAUAUGUACUUCUGCUUCCGCUGGCUCCUCGUCUGGUUCAAACGGGAAUUCUCGCAUCGAGAUAUCAUGAGAUUGUGGGAGGUACUGUGGACUGGGUUGCCAUGUGCUAACUUCCAUUUGAUUAUAAGUGUUGCCAUACUUGACGCUGAAAAGGAUGUUUUGAUUAGUGGUGAUUAUGGAUUUACUGAAAUACUUAAGCAUGUAAACGACUUAUCGAUGUGUCUGGAUGUUGACAAAAUACUAAGCACAGCUGAAGGAAUAUAUCAUCAGAUUAUAUCAGCACCACACUUGACAGACCAGAUAAGGAUAAUCCUGGGGAUACCCACGGUGGGGGGCAGGCCGGAGCCAGAACCUUCCUCCAGCGAAGAGACAAAUGGUAAAACGGAUGAGCAGUCGGACAUGGAGGAAGUUAUGUAUCAGAUAGGUUUAGAUAUGAACUUUUGAAGACGCACUGGUUACACUAGAAUAUAAUGGACUACAUAUUUCAGUUGUAUCGAAAACAGUAUGGGCUUUACUAGCGUAAAUCUUGAUUGUCCUUGAAAUAAUUAUAUGUAACUAUCUAACUUUCUUGGAUUUCCUUUAAAAAUCAUUUAACUUCUACUUGUUUUUAAGAAAAUUAGAAGGCUGUAUUUUUAGUAUAAAAAAAAUUAGAAUGUAUGAAUAGAGUGAUAAUUUUGAUAUUUUUGUAAAGUAUAAUAAAUAGAAUAUAAAAAUUACAUAUUUUGUUAUUGUUAGUGUGUUGUAAUAUACAGUAUUUGUUGAUUAUAUACAUUUUAAACAAAAUAUAAUGUACAAUGUAAUGAUGGUUGGUGCCAGAAUUCAGAUGUUAAUAAAAAUAAUAAAUACCUACAUACAAGAUUGUGAUGCCAAUCCCCCACUGAAAUUUAUUCUUUUAAUGGUUGUUUUGUUUGAAAUAGAAUACAAUUUAUUUAAGCCACUAAAUAUAGUGAGGAUUUGUUUUUAUUUUCGGUUUAUUUUUAAGUAUUUUUCAAUUUAAUUACUAGAAAUUGUAUUGUUACUAUUAUAAUCUUUGUUCUGCUAUUUCUUUUAUUAUUAUUAAUUAUAAAUCUUCUAUACUUA